CUAUAAAUAGACAGGGUACUAUCGCAAGCCAAACCACAACUAAAACAUUUCUCCACAACUUCUAAAUAGAGAAAGAAAAACUUAAAUAGGCAUGGCAAAGGGUGUGCAUUUCUUUAGUGUUCUCAUUGUCUUCCUCUCUUUAGCCUUUGUUGCUCACUCUUCAUGUACGUAUGUAGUGAAAUUGAAGACAGGGAAUAACGACGAAAGAGCUGGAACAAACGCUAAGAUUUUACUUCGUCUUUAUAACAAGAAAGGGGAAUCAGUAGAUGCUACAAGUCUUAGAAGAUAUAGAGAUGGACCUAAUUCAAGGAACUACUUUGAAAAGGGUCAAUUAGACAGAUUUAAAAUCCCAGGAAAAUGCCUCAAGAUUUGCAAAAUGGAAUUGAGCCACAACAAUGGUGGUGAUCACCCUGGAUGGUACGUUAACUACUUAGAAGUUACCGUUGUUAAUGACCAGACGCAGAAAUCCUCCGCGGUAAAAAGGUUUAACAUUAACCGAUGGCUUGCUAAAGAUGAACCGCCUUACUCACUCUCCGUCGUCAGGAAUCUGUGCUGAGAAGGUUGAUAAGAAAAAGAUUCCAAACAGAAAGAACAGAAAAGAGACGGAGGGAGUAUUUGAAAGACUGAUAAAUGUUACUUAUAUGGUUAUAAUAUUAUGUUGUUGCUUUCUAAAAAUAUAAUAAGUUUAAUGGCAUAAACUUAAGUAUGCCAACAUGGUUUAACCGGGAACGAAUGGGUGAAUAUGUUGUGUACUUCCCCUGUUCUAUAAUGUUUUAUGUACUCUUUGUAUCUAUAUACGGAGUAUGUUUUAAUCAAAUUUAUAUUUAUGCAA